AGCAGCCGGCCGCCAAUCAGUCGAGCAGGUAACGUCGCGUACUCGAUUUGGGUCAUACGAUUCUCAUUUCUUUGUGAAAGUCCUUCGGAGAGAACGGUCGAAUGUUGCCUGACAAUACGAAUCGUAUUGUCUUCCGAAAUUGCUUUUUUUAAUCAAAAAUCGUGGUUUAUUCGUUACGUCUGUUAUCGGCAUCUUUUCUCUCUCUCCUCUCUCUCUCUCUCUCUCUCAGAAGUUUUACGCUAUCGGAUCCUGAAGAGGCGACCGUCGAGAAAAACUCCGUCAAUAUACGUCUAUUCCCGGACGUCCUCGCAAAAUCAUGGAAGUGCUACCGUGUCCUGUCAAUGUAGACUUCAGCAAUACCAGAGCUGGAAACGUGACAGACGAGCUUGAUGGUGCUUGCCAAGCGUUAGCAAAGAGGCUGGAAGUCGAGCUAAGGAGAGCUAAACACGCUCAGCUGGCUUGUGGCGAAGUCCUUCUGCCAGCUGAUUUGCUGCCUAAGAUAGCCAAACAUGUACUUACCAUGGCAGAUAACGAACCUUGUGGUCUUCGAGGUUGCACGCUAUUUAUCAGCUUCGAGACCGACAGUAUGUGUCGCAAACUGUCAAAAAUACAGUGCGAUCCCAGUGCUGUAUCGACAUUCGAACUCUAUCUCACGCUAAAGCAAGAUCACACAUCUUGGCACAUGUUGCUACCUCAAUUUCUAAAAAAUCUUACGCGCGGUGGCACUAUCAUGAUCAGUAGAGAUUUCACCUUAGAAAAGAAGAAACUCUACAGAUCCUAUCAACAGUAUCAUUGAGAAAUGCCGAGGUCACAGAAUGGGAUUUUUGUAUAUUAAACGAUCUCCUGUUUUGCCAAAUGUGCACAAACGGGUAUCGCUACUUUUGCCAGUCUGUCGCUCUAAAAAGACGUCAGCUGAAAUAUACAAUUGCAUACAAUAUCGCAAGACCAGAAAAAGAGAAGGGAGUUGGAGCGACGAAAGCAUCGUUGCAACAUACAGGUCAGAUUUCGUCGUUCUUAAUGGCAUGUUGUAAGAUUUUGCUGUGCUCGCGCGCGGGAAGAUGCGUUAACCCUUUAAUUAUACAAUUGGAUUUUCAUAUUACGGAUGACAGCUACUUUUGAGAAACUUUCUAAAUUUUUUCAAUAAAAAAAAAUGAAAAAAAAAAUGAAAAAAAAAAAAAACGAUUGCGCGAGAAAAGUCGCGGAUUUUGCGGUUGAACUGUUGCAAUGAAUGAAAAAA